AAAUGGAAUUCUCCUUCAAAUUGCAAUUGCAGUUGGUCUCUUGCCCCCAUUCUAGACGCCGCCGUGCAGACUCCUCUUUAGUUCCAUUUCUCCGCUGACUCUCUCUCUCUCUCAUCAUCCUCUUUAGUUCCACAAUGUUUCUUGGAACUUCUAAUCUUCUUCUUCUUCUUACAUAUAGAAACUAACCACAUUCCUCAAAAGCCCACAUUUUGAUUAAUUGAAUUUUCAAACUUCAUCUUCAUUUCCUCUUCGGCUUUAAACCUCAAGAAUUCAUCUCACUUUCGAGAAAUUCUCAAUAUCCAGAAACCCUUUCGCGAGCUUUGACCGAUCCUCAAAAAUGGGCGACGCAUCGGAGAGAAACGGCGGCAAAUUCGGCGACACGGGAGUGAUAGAGCUGACAGGGAAGAUAAUGGUGGUCGCAAUAGUCCUCCUCUUCUUCGUCGUCGUCUUCGUCUUCUGCCUCCACCUCUACGCCAAGUGGUUCUGGUACCGCCGCCAAGACACCACCGCCACCACCGCCACCAGGCGCCGCCGCCGCCUCGAAUUCGCGCCGCCGGCCCCCGCCCUGCGCCGCGGGCUGGAGCCAUCACUCCUCAAAACCAUACCCGUGAUAAUGUUUGAUCCGAAACAGUUCAAAGACGGAUUGGGAUUGGAAUGCGCUGUGUGUCUGUGUGAAAUUUGCGAGGGUGAAAAGGCAAGACUCUUGCCCAAAUGCAACCAUGGAUUCCACGUCGAUUGCAUAGAUAUGUGGUUUCAAUCGCAUUCCACCUGCCCUCUCUGCAGAAACCCCGUGUCGAAUUCGACUAAUUCCACCUCUGAUCCCUCGUCAGAGGCUGCAAUUGAAGCUCCAAUUGGGGAGGGAAAUGUGAAUGCGGUUGCAAUUGAGAUACCUAAUUUCCCAACCAAUGUGUUGAUUUGGGGGAAUGAGAGUCAAGUUAGCACCUUUGGCCCUUGUGGUGAAGAGGGCCAUCAUCAAGGCAAUGAGACAUCAUCAUCUUCGUCGUCUUCAAUGGCCUCCUCGAGUGGGAGGCCGGAGGGGGUGGAGGAAGACGAGCAGAAAUCCGCGGUGCCGACGAGGCUGAGGACACUGAAGAGGCUGCUGAGUGGGAAUAGAAGGGUUAACCCUUCUAGCCCUAGGAAUCUUGAUCUUGAACAAGGAGUUAGAGGGUUAAGUUGAUUCAUGGAUUUAUGGUUCAAUUUUGUUAUUGUUCAAAUUGGAGAUUAUUAAUUUGUUGAAUGUUCUUUGAUUCUUGAAGAAGAUGAGAUGAGGUAGUUGUUUUCUUGCAGCAUAGGAAUUGGGAUAUGCUGAUUGUUUGUAUAGAGAUAUAGGUUGGCUUCUCUGUUUGAGGGAGGAGAUGAUGGUUCCUUACCCUCUCACAGAAGAGUGUUUGGAUAGAAAUCUUGUAAUAGCUAUUAUGUAUUGAAGAACAUAUAUUAUCUAUCAAGAUUUAUUACGAAUUA